AUGCGACACAUUCUCGAAAAGGAAUUGCAGUAUCGAGCCGACGGCCACAAGCCCCAGUAUGCCUUUUUCCUCGUUGAAAAGGUCGCCUUGUGCUUCCAGCAGCAUGCCGUUCUGACAUGUAACCUCGAGUUUCCCAUCGGCAAGUUCUACGGCGAAAUGACAGGCAUCGUUCGAACACAAGAUUUUUGGGAUAAGCAGUUUGCGGAGCACAUGGCCUUUGUGUGUACCGCGCAGAUCUUGCUUGACCUUCUCGCUUGUGGAUUCAUCUCCAUGAGCCAGAUUAACCUGAUUGUCUUUGACGAGGCGCACCACGCAAAGAAGAGUCAUCCCUAUGCCCGUAUUAUCAAAGAUCACUAUCUCCGUGCCGGCAACGAGCGUCCGCGUAUACUGGGUAUGACUGCAUCACCAGUUGACGCGUUGACGAGGGAUGUCCGGUAUGCUGCCGCCGAAUUGGAGAGCAUGCUGUGCAGCAAGAUUGCCACCAUCACAGACGACGCCAUGAUGGCAAGCCAGGCGCACCGUCAGCAGGUCGAGGUCAAAGAAUUCUAUGACAGGCUAGAAGAUCCUGAAAACUCGAAAACGCAACUUUGGGGCAUGAUUUCCCAGCAUGUCCGCGGCAAUACACAGUUCAAGGGCCAUCUAGAGUUUGCUUUCAACGCAUCGUCAACUCUAGGGACAUGGUGCGCCGACCGUUACUGGAAGCUCCUCACUACAGAUGCUGAGAUGAUCAAAUUGGAGGCAAGGACUGGACGUGAUAGCUUUGACAUCGAUGUCACCGCUGGCGAUAAGGCGAUGGCGGCUGUGCGUCGAGUGAGGGACAUGAUUCGGGACUACAACCUCGGGCCCAUCAUGAGCGGUUCCCCGGAACUGUCAUCCAAGGUCAAACUGCUGCACGAAGUCCUCGAGGAUGCCUUCUGUAGGCGCCAAACAAAGAGAUGCAUAGUGUUCGUGCAAGCAAGAUCGACCGCCUUCAUCCUAGCGGAUCUAUUUCAGCAGCCGGGAAUGCUGAUUCCGGGAAUGAUGGCUGGAUACAUGAUCGGUUCUCAAUCCUCAACCUCCAGCGCUGCAUACAUGUCCUACAGGGAGCAGAUAGUAUCCCUACAAAAGUUUCGAUAUGGUGAAACAAACUGUCUGUUUGCCACAUCCGUCGCGGAAGAGGGAAUAGACGUGCCAGAGUGCGAUGUCAUUGUCAGGUUUGAUCUCUACUCAUCUGCAAUCCAGUACAUCCAGUCCAAAGGCCGAGCGCGGCAGAAGUCGUCUCUUUACAUCAGCAUGAUGGAGGUAGGGAAUUUAGACCAUAUGCGCAAACUCCGGCGUGCAGUCAGGGAUGCUCAUGCGCUGCGGCAAUUCUGCUCUGCUCUGCCUGAAGACCGCAAGGUGCAGGAUUUCGUCCUUAGUCCAGAGCUCCUGGUUGCUCACGAGCAAGCCACGCAGAGAACGUUUGUCAUUGCCGAAACGGGUGCUCAGCUCACAUUCAUCACAAGCUUGGAUGUGCUGGCUAAGUUUGCUUCGUCCUUCCCGAACGAGGCUGAAGACGGAAUAAUGCCCUUGGAAUACAUUGUCAACACUGUUGGCAGAAGGUUCAUUGCUCGAGUUGUCUUACCGGAAGGUUCGCCCAUCAAGACGAUCACCGGAGAGGCCCAGCAAAGCAAGCAGUUGGCACGAUGCUCAGCUGCGUUCGAAGCCUGUGUACAGCUGAUCCAGAAGAAAUACAUCAACGGAAACUUGCAGCCCGCCUUCGCCAAGAAGCUGCCAGAGAUGCGCAAUGCAAGACUGGCCCUUUCAUCAGACAAAAAGUCCGAAUACGAAAUGAGAAUCAAACCGGACUUCUGGUCCUCUUGCCUUGGCCCAGAGCCUCCAACGAGUCUGUAUCAGACUAUCAUCACCCUCGAUCAGCCAGAUGCUCUUGGAAGAGCAUCUAGGCCCCUGAUACUUCUGACCAGGAAGCCUUUGCCUGACAUACCAAGCGCUCCGCUGUACUUCGGUAGCGGCAGGACAUCCAACGUUUGCCUUGCGAAUGCGCAAACUUCAUUCGAAGUCCUGCCCUGUCAGACAGAGGCCCUUGCGAGUUUUACGCUGAGACUUUUUGCCGACGUUUUCAGCAAGGAGUAUGAGGCCAAGUCGCAUGAGAUUCCAUACUUCAUUGCCCCUGGAAGGAUCCUGCCAAACGGUGAGAGGGUAGUGGAAAUAGAUUGGGAAGCCAUGCAGUUUGUCCAUGAGAACGAGCGCCUUGAGUGGAAAGAUGCCCCUGAGGAAUUUUUCAAGGACAAACUGGCCGUAGAUCCGUGGGACGGAUCUCGAAAAUACAUCUUGCAUGGCACUAAUGGGGAUCUGAAGCCGUCUGAUCCAACACCAGAGGGCGUCCCACAACCAAAGAGUCUGGCAUACAAAAGAGUUGAGCACAAUAUCAAGGAAUACAGCAACAGCCUCUCCUUCAACUCCAGAAACCGAAUGAAUUGGACGGAUGACCAACCAGUCGUCAAUGCGGAGCUUCUUCCCAUUCGCCGAAAUUUCCUAGACGAAUUCUUUGUGGAUGACGAGGGUGAUCGUACUUGCUAUAUCAUCCUCGAACCGCUUCGUGUGUCGCCGAUCCCUAUAGAUGCUGUCGGCAUGGCGUUGGUCCUGCCUGUGGUGAUGUACCGAGUCGACUCGGUCUUGAUCGCUCACGAAGCAUGUUCCCUCGUCGGUCUGACUAUUCGGUCCGAUCUUGCCCUUGAGGCAGUGACAAAGGACAGCUUCAACACAGAAGAACACGGCGAACAUCAAUUCGAUUUCCAACCUGGGAUGGGUCGAAACUAUGAACGCCUGGAGUUUCUCGGAGACACAUUCCUCAAAAUGGCCACGACUAUCUCCGUCUUCACGCUUUUCCCCAAUGCAGACGAGUUCGAGUACCACGUCACGCGAAUGCUCAUGCUGUGCAACCAGAAUCUAUUCAAGCAUGCCGUGGAAAAGGACAUGCCUGCCUACAUCCGGACCAAGGCAUUUGACCGCCGGACGUGGUAUCCGAGUAACAUGACGCUGAAGAGAGGCAAAGCGUACAAAACCGAAUCGAAGCACUGUCUGUCGCACAAGUCGAUUGCGGACGUUUGUGAGGCGCUCAUUGGUGCGGCUUAUAUGUCAAGUCCAACGGGGGAUAUGGACAUGGCGGUGAAAGCAGUCGCGGCCAUGGUCUGCUCGAUCAACCACACGAUGACCAGUUACAAAGACUACCUUGCAACGUUUACAGCUCCGGGGUGGUACAGCCAGCAGGCAACCGCCGCACAGCGCCUCACCGUGGACAAAGUGGCCGAAAUCACGGGCUACCGCUUCAAGGCGGCACCACUCGCUCGCAGCGCUUUUCGACACCCCUCUUAUGUGUUUGAGAACAACAUCCGAGAUUACCAGCGGCUCGAGUUCCUGGGAGACGGACUUUUAGACAUGGCCAUUGUGGACUUUCUAUUCAAAAGGUUUCCUGAAGCGGACCCAAAGUGGCUCACGGAACACAAGACGGCCAUGGUGUCGAACCAAUUCCUCGGCUGUCUCUGCGUCAAACUCGGCCUUCACAAGCAUAUCCUGUUGGCCACAUCUUCUCUGCUCGGCGACAUUGGGCGGUACGCAGCGCAACUCGAGCAAGCUGAGGAAAUGGCUCGGCAAAAAAUACUUGGUGACAGCGCAGAAACUGCUCUCUCCGAAAGCCCUCAAGACGAAUCACAGUCUAUCCUCCAGAAUUUCUGGGUCGAGGUGCCGCAGCCGCCAAAGGUUCUAGCCGAUGUUGUUGAAGCUCUGGUGGGGGCCAUGUUUGUUGACUCGGGAUAUUCCUUCUCUGUGGUACUGGACUUUUUCACAAAGUUCAUCCAACCAUUCUUUGAAGACAUGGCACUCUAUUCGUCGUUUGCUUCGAACCAUCCGGUCACGACGCUGGCACACAAGCUGGAAGCCGACUUCUGUUGCACCCAGUGGAAGCUUCAUGUGGCCAGUGUGCCGGCACCCGUAGAGGCGGGCAUCGCGGUGGUGUCGGCCAGCGAGAUCCUCUGCGCACUCAUGGUCCACGGCAAGGUGAUUGCCCAUGCGACUUCGUCAAAGAGCGGCACCGAAGCCAAGGUGGCGGCUGCAAAGCUAGCGCUGGAGAAGCUCGCACCCAUCCAAGACGUGGACCAGUUCAGAAGGGAAAUGGAGUGUGAUUGUGGCGGCGCAGCAACCGCCUCGAACUAG